CCUCUCGCCCCGGCGCAGGCGCCGCCGUGGGCCCGCGGCGGAGGGCAGCUCGCCCCGGGACGGCGGCUCCAUGCGCUGCCAGGUCUCGGUGCUGUAUUUCGCCAGGAGCGCGGAGCUGGCGGGGCUGCGCUGCGAGACCCUCUCGGUGCCACGGGAGAUCACCUCUCUGCAGCUCUGGGAGGAGAUCGUCAAGGUCCACCCCAGGCUUGCUCUCAUCCGGGAUCAAGUGGUGUUUGCUGUUCGGCAGGAGUACGUGCUUCUUGGAGACCAGCUCCUGGUCCUGCAGCCUGGAGACGAGGUUGCCAUCAUCCCACCAAUUAGUGGAGGCUGAACCUGCCCAGGUUCUGUUAGGAACCUUUCCUUGUUUAGGUCUGAAGAUGUGAUUGCAAUUCUCUCCCUCCACCCCAGUACUCUUUUGAGAAAACCCAACUUGUGUUUCCGUCUGGUACUACAAGAAAUAAUUUUGAAGGAAAAAAAGUGAUUCACUUAGAAUAUGAAGCAUAUACUUCAAUGGCAGAGACUGAAAUAAGGAAAAUCUGCAGAGAUGUUAGACAGAAAUGGCCUUCAGUCAAACAUAUUGCAGUGCACCACAGGCUUGGUCUCACAGAUGUGCUUCCUGAUCAAUGGUGGUCCUCCAUACUGCACUGUGGAUCCUUUCUGAACCUCCUCUUUCUCCCACGGGCCCUUUCCUUGAAGGACUUGCUUACAAGGAGACUCCAGUGAAAACACACAUGACAUAUUUUCUGCUUUCUCACUGCUGAAGACUCCAGUCCUUCCAAGAUGCUUCCUAGUCCUUUCAGAAGUCUCUGGAAAGACAUAUUGCUACAUCUUCUCCUAGAAACUCCAGAAAUUAUCCCUAGAAAGACUUAACUUCAGCAAAACAAUACUUUUUUCUCAACUCUUGUAUUUCAAGGGAUUACUUCUUGGCUGCAUCACCUGCCUCAGAAUGAACUAAUUCCAGGUUGCAAUCAUCUUACUAGAACUUUGUGCUGAGCUUGGAAGGAGGAAUACAGGCCAGAGAGUACAGGUCACCUCUACCACUAACUUCUUACAGGGAUUGCUCUGGAUUUCACCCCCAGGAUUAUCACGCACCUCUCCAGCAGGAGCCUGACCAUAUAAGCCAAGCACUGAAAUCUGCAUUUCAUCCUUUGUGAAUUGGGAGCAACAAUUUGAAUUAUAGGUAUACUGCAUUCCCCAAAAUAGUAUGCAUAUUUCCUCUCUUUUGCUUUCUCUAAGAUAAAAUUUGUUGGAAGAAGAGCUUUUGGUAUAGCCAUCAUGUCAAUCUGAUUAACUGUGUAGCUGGAACACAUGGCCUUGGCAGUAACACUAUUUCUAGAUCCAAAGUCUGUGUUUUAAGGAUUCAUCAUCAAUACUGCACAUCUGAUUUAUCAAAUACAAAUUCCCUGUGGCACAGCAACUGCUUCAGGCAUGCUGCUGGGAGUUAAGCAGAUGUAGGUGCCAAGGCCUAAAGUGAGGAAAAGAUGUCUGAGGUGAGGUCAAACUCGAAAAGUUGCCAAUUUUUAUGCUGAGUUGGAAAUAUCUCUCCUUGACCUAAAUAAACUGAUCUGCUGGGGGAAUAAUUCUGGUAUCCAAGAAAACAAAUUGUGAGAGAGUUUUGUAUGCACAUUCUUUUCUGGAAUAGGCACUGCUAGAAAGGAAAAAAGAAAAUUCCUCUGAGAAGUUCAAAAAUCAGGGGCAAUUACAGAAACAGUGAAGCUGGGUAUCACGCACCGGUAAAGAAGAUGAAGCAAAAAACAAGUUGUCUGAAAAUGUAGCCUGGAUUCUGGUGUUAUAUGCAUUUUCCUUUUUAUUUCUCAAUUUCACGUUGAAUGUUAGUCUUCUGUUUUUGCUGCUGACAAUAAACUGUUGUUUGCUGUUGGAAAAUAAAGUCCAUUGUUGUAAACAGAGGUACUAGAACAGCUGUGGAUCAGGAAAAUGUGUUGCCUGAAGCCAACAACAAAUAACAAGCACAGCAAGACAUUUCCUACAUUGUACACACUUAAACACUCUGCUUUCUAAACCCUUUGGCAUAAGAAAUUCUGUGAUGGUGUUUCCUGAAACCAGACAGAUUUACUGUAUUCUGUGCAGGACAUUGAUUAUGUGUUGUCAAAGUGACUGCUGACUUUUCAAGGGGUCUUCCCUGGUGGGAAGGUGGACAGAGUGGGCAGCCCACAUGGGCAUAUAUAUGCAUAUACAUCUGACAUGGACUUAGAAUAUGUGCUGCCCAGAUAGCUGAUCACAACUCCCCACUGGCACAGCUACUGCAGGAUCCUCGCUGCUCCCUGUAGGAGGGAUGAAAGCAGCUGCUGCAGCUGCUGCUGCUCUCCCAUUGUGCUCCCUUUCCCAACAGCGGCCAGUCACAUACAAUUUGUCCAAAUACUCACCAUGUCCUCAUCUCUAAGGUACCAAAACUUGGAUUGGUCUAAGCUGACAAGAGUCCUAGAGUCCUACUUCUGUGUUUGUAUCCCUAUCCUACCUGUUUUUCCUUGAUUAAAUUUAGAUUAAAAUGCCAUUGCUUUUUUUAUCCAUGCUGUUUCUAACUAGAUGUUGAACUGGAAAGGCAUUCCCCUCUAGAAAUUAAUCUAAAGCCCACAGACAAACCAACUGUUGAAAACACUGGACACUGAACCUUAACAGUUCCACUGAUUCAGCUCUUACCCAUCAUCUGCCUUCUGCUGAACAUUCAGAACAAGAUCACAGACACAAAGUUCAUCUUCACCACAGUCUUUAAUAAAAGGAAUCUAGGAAAAACAAAAACAUUUCCUGAAUGACAGGGCUCAACUUUUAACACGAUCUGAAGACACUAGAGUGCAAGCACCUUCAAGUUGAAGCACAUUCUUGUUUGCAGAUAAGAAAAUCCCUCUGAAGGACAUUAAAAAUCUUGACAAGUGAACGAGUUAACUGAAUAAUGUGUUGCAACAUGUCAACUGAUCCAAGAACGGUACAGACAGGUUACUCUUCAAUGACAACAAAGGUGAUGUAGUCAAAUUAAUUCCAUCUCUCUUCUCUCUACCCCUUUACUGAAGAAUAAACUGAAAGAAUUCA